AUGAAUAUAGAUAAUCUAUUUAAACAUAUUAUUAUAAAGAAUCAAUAUACAAGACAAAAAAUAUUCAACCAUGUCAGUAUCAUUCAUCAACAGUUGAAUAUACCUAUUGUCAAAUACCAACACAUCAAAUGUAGUCUCUACACUCUGAUUCAAUACAACUUUACAAGUACAUUCAUACAACAUUUUAAAAGAGUGUACGAUCAAUUGAAAUCAAUUAAAUUCGAUAAUCGACCUGAUUGCAAUGACUUUGAUAGAUUGUAUUAUAUAUUGGAUAUUGUACUAGUUAAAAACAAUACAAGAGCAUUGACAUUUAUGCUUGAUUUUGUUAAACUUGCAAAUAGUACUCCGUCAUCAUCGUCGUCACCACCACUUUGUACAGUCGACUGUAGUACAUUACACAACAAAAUGUUCUAUUCAUUGACUGUAGAGACUGUCAUGGUUCUAUUGGAUAGUGGUAUCAAGAUCACCAAUAAAAACUAUACUCGUGCAAUCAUAGAAUCACUGUUGUUAAAUGGACAACUAGAGAUACUAAAGACAAGACUUUCAAAGGAACAGUUGAUAGAUUACCGAAUAUUCAGCCCACUAUAUCGAGAGAAUCUAUUCUUGAAAGAUUUAAUCGAUACUAAAAACAAGAAUGAAUCACAAGUAGUAGAGAUACUACACUUUAUGAAUGACAACAAUCUAUUGGUUGGAAAUGAUUGGAAGUUUCUUCUUUUGUCUAAAGCCAAAGUAAAUCAAUAUAAUCUCAUCACUCAACAUAUUACAACACAAUACAACGAUACUAUAAAUAAUAAUAAUAAUAAUAAUCGGCGAACAUUUCAAUCCACAAUUCAAAUCGUAUCGCAACACCUACGAAAAGAAUAUUAUAAAGUGAUGGUAGAGAAGUGUAUUGAUUCAAAUACAUCAUCAAUGAGAGACAUGGUACGACUUUAUUUUGGUGCAUUACUCACCAACAACAAGGAAACAAUUGAAAGGUGUAAGGAAUAUUUCUCAAAUCACACGCAACAAUCUAUAACAACCAAUCUUACAAAUAACGAGUUAUUGGUAUUUAGAGAGGAUGCUUGUCGUCUUGGACUAUUUCCAAUUGUCAGACUGCUCUAUUUCGAGUCUUCUUUUGGCGCCAAACCUAUUCGUGAUGUAGUCAAAAAUAACCAUUUGGACAAUACAAAGUAUUUGUUUAGCCUAACCAAAACUCAUCAAAAGGUGGCUCAAUUGUUUAUCGAUUGUAUGUCAAUAGCCAACAUCUCUGAUGAAAUGUUUAGUUAUUUGUGGUCAGAGUUUGAUGAUAAAUCCAAAUCAAAUGGAGACAUUGUAUCAAAAUGUAUUCACAAUAUUAAUCAAUCAUUACUCUAUUGA